AUGUAUCAAGGUGGAGGACCAGGAGAAAACGGAGACGAUAUCGUUGUGUACAGCAAUUCGGAAUCAGGGCACGCAGCUCACCUGAAGGCCGUAUUGAAGCGUAUCCGGGAGGCUGGCCCGCAGACAAAUGAAGCCAAGACAGCUCGUUCGGAGUUCGAUGAAACUGCUGGGGUUUUAGCAAGACUCCAUACUACGUCAAGCACACAACAAGACGUGAUAUUCGGCAGUACGAAUCGUAAUCUGUCAACGAUUGAAGUGACACAAUCACGGUUAGCCAGCAAGCAGUGCAACCAAAUUACUGUGAAAAUGACCGGUUCCUUAACAGUGUCCGAGUCCUAA